ACCCCGACGCACACGUGCCCCAGAGUGCUUGCUUCCGCUGCCCACUUCGGCUAGCGGCCCUUCCCCCCGAGAGCGCUCCCUGGCACGGGUCCAGCCCUUCCCGGUGUGCCGUCCCCAGCCGGCGCUGCAGCUUGGGUCAUAUGCGCAGGAAUGAUGAGAGAGGCACUUAUUAAUCUUUUCGCACUCGCCUCUCCCUUCACCCAGCGGCAGGAUGGCGAUGGCGGACCUGUUCAGCGCGGAGGAGAUCAAGGCGGCUGUGGGAGCCUUUUCAGCGGCCGAAUCCUUCUGCCACAAGAAGUUCUUUGAAAUUGUGGGACUGAAAAAGAAGAGCCAGGAAGAUAUAAAGAAGGUUUUCCACAUUCUUGAUAAAGAUCAAAGUGGCUUCAUUGAGGAAGACGAGUUGAAAUUUGUACUGAAGGGCUUCACUCCUGAUGGCAGAGACCUAUCUGAUAAAGAAACCAAGACACUCCUGGCUGCCGGAGAUAAGGAUGGCGAUGGCAAAAUCGGCCUUGAUGGUGAUGUCUGUUGGGUUCACAAAGGAAACUGACUUUGUGACUAAGGAGUACGGCACAGCUAAAGAGACUGGCCAACCGGGCACCAACGGGCAGUCUGGGUGGAUUGACAUAUCCUGAAUUCCCUCUUUGGCUUCUCAAAAAUGGUUUAGCUUCACUGUGAGGUUUUCUGACCCACAAUCUGACCCUCUGAUGCAUUUAGGUUUAUGAGCCAUUCAAUUAUUGUGAAAGGUUGUUAAUGAAGUUGCCCCUGCUGUCUCGGUGAUGCUGUGAACCUCUCUAACAUGCUUCUUCUUAAUUUACUGUUUCUUGCUAUUUUUAAACAAAUUCUCUCUUCUCCAGAAUUCAUAACUUUGGUGGCUGAACCAUAAAGCCUUUGACCAAUCUGAACCUUCCAUCUGCCCUUCACCCACCUGAUUCCAACCAACUCCUGCUGACCUCCUUGGCUCCUGUUCUAUUUAUUUUUGUUAGUUUAUACUCCCACUCUGUUCUCUGCAGCCCUGUAACUCUGUAAUUGUGCUGAAAGAUGCUGUUAAGAUAAUAAAGGUCACAGAUUUUGGCUCUAC